UGGCGGCUGCUAGCGAGUUUCCGACAGAACUGGCGACCCGUCCUUUGGGCCUCACAGCUCUUAUGGGACUUGAUAUUAAUCAGAAACCUUUGCACAAAGCUAUCUGGGAGUCUUUUUCUGUGAACAGGCAUCCUGAGAGAGUUCCACUAUCCUUCAGACUUCUACCAAUUGAUCACGAAUUUCCCAAAGCAAAAUCAAAGCGUUCUACCUAUGAGUGGUACAUACCAAAGGGUAUCUUGAAGACAAAAUGGAUGCACAAACAUCUUUAUCUCUCUCCUGCUGUGGUGGUCAUGUUUUAUGAGUUGGAUUGGGAUGACGUUCAGUGGAAAGACAGGCAAACUGAAUGUGCUUCAAAACUAGAAAGAGUCAGGACCAGCCUUCAAGACCAGAACACUAAGGUUGCUGUGGUUCUUAUCCAAAAGAAUGCUCCUCUUCCUCCAGGUGAUGAUUUACAAGCACUAGAGAGGGCAGCAACACUGUGCAGUGCAUGUGACCUGUCAGCCAAAUCAUUGUUUGUCCUUCCACAUACAGAUCACUUGAUUGGCUACACAAUUAGGCUGGAGAAUGCUUUUUAUGAUUUAGCACAGAGUUAUUACCAUGGAGAAUGUAGGAGAGUUAAAGCCCACAAGGAAUUUCUUAACAAAGGAACUCAUCAGCUAUUGUUGGUGCGACACCAAUUCAAGGUUGCCUUUUUCAAUGAGCUAAGACAAGACCCUCACUCUGCUAUCAAGCAUUACAGGCAAGCAUACAGUCUUCUUGGAGAAAUCAAGACAACUGACAUGAACAUACUAGAGAUCAAAGUUGUUGCUGGAUUUAUUAAUUACAAGAUUUGUCGUCAUCAGCCCCAUUAGAUGCCAUAUCACAAUUCAGAAAGCAUGUGGAUUUGUUUAAGGAAAAGGUUGGCUGCCCUGACUUAGCCUUUGAACACUCAGCCUGGCUCUCCAAACAGUGAGUAUUUUUUCUGUUUAGCCUCCACACUCUUAACUGGAAGGUCUGUAUUCAGUUUGUUUUUUGGGCACUUACAUAUGUACAGCUAAAGUACCUCCCUCCACCCCAGAGUAUAAAUAAGUAUUGGCCA